AUGACCUCGAUCACAUCGUCGAUGCACUCGGCGUACGUGAGAGAACACAACAAGCACGUUAUCCAGCCGCCCAAGUUCACCUCGAGAGCGAUCAAAAAGUAUGUGGGCACGAGAAUCUCGUCGCUUUUUCCCUCGAAAGAGGAAUUCUGCUCAUACUCCAAGAGAGAGCUCUUCAACCCCUUCUAUCCGCUCAAGCAGAUGUCGUGGCGCAACUGGAACUACUUCCUCAUGGGGUUCGCAGGCUGGACCUGGGACUCGUUUGAUUUCUUUGCUGUGUCGUUGAACGUCCACGAUAUUGCCGAGACGUUCGAUAAGUCGGUCACAGACGUGACCUGGGGCAUCACGCUUGUUCUUAUGUUGCGUUCGGUGGGCGCCGUGAUUUUUGGGUUCUGGGGUGACAGAUACGGCCGUAAAUGGCCCUACAUCAUCAACUUGGGGCUCUUGGUGGUGUUGCAGAUCGGCACGGGCUUUGUGCAAACGUACCAGCAGUUUUUGGGUGUCAGGGCGCUUUUCGGUAUAGCCAUGGGCGGUGUUUUUGGGUUUUCGCUUGCUACUUCCUUGGACGAUGUUCCUGUUGAUUGCAGAGGUGUUUUGUCGGGUAUUUUCCAGGAGGGUUAUGCUUUUGGCUACCUCUUGACCGUUAUAUUUAACAGAGCCAUUGUUCCAAAUAAUCCUCAUGGCUGGAGAGCCAUUUUCUGGUUUGCUGCUGGUCCGCCCGUGCUCUUUUGUAUCUGGAGAGCACUCUACCCUGAAACCGACGCUUACAUUCGCCAGCAAGAAAUCACGAAAAAGGAACAGGAAAACCAGCCGGUGACCAAGAAGUUCUUUUCAAUUUCAUCUUCCGCCAAGGAAGCUCUCAGACGCUACUGGCUCAUCAUGAUCUACUGUGUGUUCAUGAUGGUCGGUUUCAACUUCAUGUCCCACGGCUCUCAGGACUUAUACCCAACGUUGUUGAAGGUGCAGUUGCAAUUUGGCGAGGACAGGUCAACCGUGACCAACUGCGUGGCCAACUUGGGUGCUAUCUUUGGCGGUUUCAUUUGCGGCCAUCUCUCGACAUUCAUCGGAAGACGCUUGACGAUCAUUUGUGCUGUGAUUUUGGGUGCCGCCAUGAUCUAUCCAUGGGCAUAUUUACGUUCUGGGGCAAUCAACGCUGGUGCAUUCUUCUUGCAAGCUGGUGUUCAGGGUGCUUGGGGUGUGGUGCCCAUCCACUUGUCUGAAUUGUCUCCUCCAGCCUACAGAGCUUUGGUUGUUGGUCUCUCUUACCAAUUGGGUAACUUGGCUUCCUCUGCUUCUUCCACUAUCGAGAGUAAGUUGGGUGAGAGGUUCCAGUGA